CGACUCCCCCCAGUGCCCCAUUUGCCCACCAUAGCUGCAGCUACAUAAUCACUACAAUAGUCGUUCAACCAUGGCUUCUUCUGCGUGUACUCGUCUUGCUCUCUCUGCCAGAUUCGCAUCUCGUGCAAUUGCUCCCAUUCCAGCCUCCUUUGCACGUCCUUCGAUAGUCUAUACAGCUUCUCGUUGCUUCCACUCAACGCCCGUCAACAUGUCAAGCCAUCCCAUAGCUACCCUGCAGGAGGACCUUAUUCCUCGCCUUCCUCCGUCUUCUCCCACCCUCUUCGACGCAAAGAAGAAGAAGAACCUCACUUUUGAAGCCAUCGCAAAGCAUGUCGGUCGCGAAGAGGUAGCGAUUGCGGCCCUCUUCUACGGGCAAGCAAUGGCUACACCAGAGGACAUCAAGAAGCUCUCGGAAGUCCUGGAAAUUCCCGUAGAGACACUUGAGUCGCAGCUUGCUGGAUUCCCUGAUCGCGGAAGGUCCCUUGAGAUGCCUCCCAAAGACCCGCUCGUCUACCGCUUGUAUGAGAUUGUGCAGAACUACGGGUAUGCGUACAAGGCUGUGUUGAACGAGAAGUUCGGCGAUGGAAUCAUGAGUGCGAUUAGCUUCAGCACGAAGAUUGAGAAAGAGACUGAUGAGAAGGGCGAAUGGGCGAAGAUCACCUUGAGGGGGAAAUGGCUGCCAUACUCGCGAUUCUAAGCGACGUAUAAUGAGAUCAAUAGUAUAAACACUUAUGACCAUUGACGUGGUGUGUAUGACCUUGUCACUAUUACCAUGAUGAGGUAUAUCAAUGGCACAAAAUGACUCAAAUAUACUCUACAUCAUGUCAGUGCUCGUAAACAGUGAGGUAUCCUCAGAACCAUCAAUGUUGUGUCGAGACAAGCUGCUGGUGUAGGCAUCAUCUUCGGUGUGACAUUGCUCCUUCCUCGCUCAAGCAGCAAACAAAACGCUCUUGCCUGUUUCGCUUACCUUCUUUCACC